AUGUGCCGUGAGGUCUUGUCCGAGUUCACGCUCUCUGAUGGUACUUUACUGCCGAAAGGAGCAUUCGUGGGCAUUUCGACCAAUGGAUUGUGGGACGAGGAGAAUUGGAAGAAUGCAGAUCGCUUUGAUGGGUAUCGCUUUUUGCGCAUGCGGGAGAUGUCAGGCGGUGAAAAUCAGUGGCAGCUGGCCACCCCGAGCCAGGGUCAUUUGGCGUUUGGGUAUGGCAAACAUGCUUGCCCCGGUCGGUUCUUCGCCGCCCAGGAGCUUAAGAUUAUCCUUUGUCACAUUUUGCUAGAGUACGAUCUGAAAAUGGCGCCAGGGGAGACGGCCAGGGUGCAACAGAGCGGGAUCCUGUUAAAUGCGGACGGAGCCGCUAAGAUUAUAAUGCGGAGGCGGUCGGGACAGUAA